AUGGGCAGGGGCAGGGGCCUGGGAGAGAAUGGGGGCCCCGUGACGAAGGCAAAGGGGCUGGGGGGCCUGCUGGAGAAGGUGGGAGGGUGGGGGCGCUUCCAGAUGGUCUACUUGGCCAUAGUGUCUAUGCCCUUUGCCUUUGUGAGCACUCACAGCUUUCUGCAGAACUUCACAGCCUCCAUUCCCGACCACUACUGCAGGAGCCCCAGCGACCUAUGGCCGGUGGAUGCCCAGGGAAAGCCGGAGAGAUGCCUCCGUUUCCGAGGCAAUGCUACCAACGAGACGGAGGCCUGUGUGGAGGGCUGGGUGUACAACCUCACCACGGUUCAGAGCUCCAUCGUUACUGAGUGGGACCUAGUCUGCAGCCUGAAAAGCCUCCAAGGCAUGGCCCAGUCAGUUUACAUGGCAGGAGUGUUCCUGGGUGCCAUCAUUUUUGGGGGGUUGGCUGACAGGUUGGGCCGAAGGACCGUCUUCCUCUGGUGCCUCCUUCAGGUGGCUUCUCUGAGCACGGGGGCAGCCCUGGCUCCCUCCUUCUCCAUCUACUGUGUCUGCCGCUGCCUGUGUGGCUCUGGCAUAUCUGGGAUGGUACUUAAUGGAAUAGGACUGGUUCUGGAGUGGACACCACCUUCUCACCGGGCAACGGUAUCCGGCUUCCUUUCCUUUGUGCUUAGCCUGGGCCAGCUCAAUCUGGCCAUUUUGGCCUUUGGCCUCCGGCGCUGGAGGCACCUGCAGUUGGCUGCCGGGGCACCGUAUGCCCUCUGCUUCCUCUGUAGCUGGUGGCUCCCAGAAUCUGUCCGGUGGCUGAUGGUGAGGCGGCGCCUUUCUGGGGUCCUGAGGUCCUUGAAGAUGGUGUCAUGGAUCAACAGGGUUCCGGCAGCCAGGGUCCAGCUCUCCCUGGAGAUGCUGGAAUCAGACUGUUCCCAGGAAGAGGUAGAAAGAACUCCAGAGUCCUCUUUUCUGGACCUGUUUCGGUCCCGGGAGAUACUGGCCAUAUUGGCAUGUAUCAUGGGCAUUUGGUUCUCUGCCAGUUUUGCCUUCUAUUCUCUGGCCCUAGACCUCCAGCGUUUCCCUAGGGAAGAUCCCUACUUGGUUCAGAUUAUCCUGGGGGUUAUAGAUCUCCCCUUCCGCCUCCUGGUGCCCAAGCUGGCUGACCGUCUGGGGCGCAAGCUCACCCUGUCGUCCUGCAUGGUGCUCGGAGCGGGACUCCUUCUGGGGGCCAUUCCAGUGCCACAGGAGCUGGGCCACCUUCGGAUGGGGCUGUGUGUGCUGUCCAAGGGCUUCAUGUCAGCUUCCCUCAGCUGCAAUAUUCUCGUCGCCUCCGAAGUCUUCCCAACCUCCCUCCGGAUGACUGGGAUGGGGGUCACCAACAUGGUGGGCCACCUGGGAGGUACGGUGGCCCCUCUGGUCCUGCUGGCAGGCCCUACACUCCCCCUGUUGCCUCCCAUCCUCUUUGGUACCACUGUUCUGGCAGCCAGCUUCCUGGUUGUCUUCCUGCCAGAGACAAGGGGUCUGCCCCUGCCUGACACCUUGGAACAAGCUCAGAGUCAGGUCCGGAGAUGCUGGAGCAGAUUGCUGAGAAAGCCAUGGCAGGGGGCCCGGCCCCUCCAGACCAAGCUCUAA